AUGGUCGAUAGUGAUGAUGAUUAUCAUCGGCGUAAUGCUCGCGAGAAAUUCGUUCGAGAGCGUAAUGAUUAUUCGGAUCGAACACGACAAAAGGAUUAUGAUUUUGACAGUAGGCGAAAUUAUCAACGCGGUGAUUAUUCCAAUGGUGCAUCAUUGAAACGAUCAUCUUCUGCACGUCGCGAGGAACAUACUAGUAUUAAGAGGAGUCGAAUCGAUAGCGCAUCAGAUUCCUAUGAUCCAGUCAUAAAAACUGCGCAAGAAGAGGAACCACAGCUUGUCAUGAAAACCUUCAAAAAGUUUUUGGCUACUCAAGACGAUUCAAUCACGGAUGAAGAAGCUAUUGCAAAAUAUUCGGAAUAUAAAAUGGAAUUUAAACGUCAAGAACUUAUCAAAUUCUUCAAUUCACACAAAGACGAAGAGUUUCGUUUGAAGUAUCAUCCAGAUGAAAGUGCUAAGCGAAAAGCAGAACAAAAAGAAAAUGUCCAUCGACGUCUUGAAAUAUUUCAAGAACUUCAAGAAAAGGGUCGUUUUAAUAAUCUUCAUAUUGAAUUCGAAUCUGCAGUCGAUAUCAUUCAUAUUAUGGACACUUUGGUCGUAAAACUAGAAGGUGGUACCGACGACGAUGUUUCUGCACUUCUUGAUGAAGUAGUGGAAGAUGAAUCCGUUACUGAAUUGAGAAAAAUGAAAAGCGAAAAACCAGCACGUAAUUUUGAUGAGGUUGAUUCUUCUACUAAUGCAGCGAAUAAUGCAACUGCUGAAAGCAGGGACGAUGGUGCUCUUAGUGAAUCGGAUGAUGAUAAGAAAAGUGAUAUUGGAGAAAAGAAUGACAAUCGACCAAAGAAGCGAAUGGUGUUGCAUAAGACAUCAAGCAUAUUUCUUCGCAAUGUUGCCCCAAGUAUUAUGAUACAAGAAAUUGAAGCGGUAUGCAAACGUUUUCCCGGUUUUCUGCGGAUUGGUCUAGCAGAGCCUUUGCCUGAAAGAAAAUUUUAUCGUCGAGGUUGGGUUACAUUUAGAAGAGACGUGAAUAUCAAAGAAAUAUGCUGGAAUUUGAAUAAUAUAAGGAUACGCGAUACUGAUUUGGGAGCAAUAGUUAACAGAGAUUUGGUGCGACGUGUACGUUGCGUAAAUGGUGUAACAAACCAUAAGCAGGUAGCUCAGAAUGAUUUGCGACAAGCUGCUCGUCUCACAGCUUUGUGUGAUAAAAAGGCUGGUCUUUUUCAAAAAGAGGAUGAAGAGAAAUCUGUAAAUGAAUUUGGAAUGGAUCUCAUUGUUCGAAGCCUCAAUCCACUUUUGAAAAAUCUCACUGAUUUCCUGAUCGAAGAAGCCAGUGCUGAAGAAGAAGAAUUGCUGGGAAUCACUAGCGAUUAUUCAGGAGAUUCUAACGGCGAUCAGAAGGUUCCAUUUCAUAAAGAUAUAGAAUUAUUGGAAAAGUUGGAUCGAAUUAUUAUAUAUCUUCGUAUAGUUCAUUCAAUAGAUUUCUAUAAUCAUGGUGAAUAUCCAAAUGAAGAUGUUAUGCCGAACAGAUGUGGAAUGAUGCAUGUGCGUGGUGUGUCACCUUCCGGAUCGCAAUUCACCUCAGAUGAAAACGGCAAUGUUUUAUUGACUCAAAAAUUCAUAACAGACUUCACUGUCGGAUUCAAUACGCGACUUGAAAUAAAUUUAAUUAAUGAGACUGUUUUAACUGAGAAAGAUCUUGAAAAUUUAGGCAGAAAAGAUCCAGAUAAAGAAGUUGAAGCUUUUAUAGCAGCAAAUAGUGUUGAGCUUGCCAAGGAUAAAUGGCUUUGCCCUUUAUCAGGUAAAAAAUUCAAAGGGCCUGAAUUUAUCCGUAAACAUCUGACUACGAAACACCAAGAAAAACUGGAUGAAGUUCGCCAGGAGGCUGAAUAUUUCAAUAAUUUCUUGACGGAUCCUAAACGUCCGCAGAGUCCAGAAGCUAGAAUGCCUGUUCCAUCUGUUUCUUCAACACAAAAAGAAGAACGUCGUGAGCGUGAUACUUAUGAAAACGAUCGCUAUACUAGUCGGACUGCCAGUGGCGGCUCAUACAGUGAACGAAGUCGUAAUUAUGGUAGCAGCAGAUAUGAUAAUCGUCGGUAUGACAGAGGCGGACCACCGAGAUAUGGUGAUUCAUCUGUUGGAAGCAGGCGUGAUCCACGUGAGCCAAUUAUCUACAAAGACUUGGAUGCUCCAGAAGAUAUUUUCUAA